UUCAGCUCACAGUGCGUGGAUGUGUGUGUGAGCAGCUUCUCGUGUUGAUGUCUGCUGAGAGAUACUGACGGGGGGAAGGUAAAGAUUGGAGGGACCCUUUGGGAAUAAUACGAACGAGUAUAUACUUUGGAGCAAGUUUUGCUCAUCUGGGUCGUCCGCUUUGAUCCAUAACGAUGUCCCGACCUCGGACGGACGAGUUCAAGCCGCCUCCGGAGUGCCCGGUCUUCGAGCCCAGCUGGGAAGAAUUCGGCGAUCCGUUCGCUUUCAUCAACAAAAUCCGUCCAAUCGCUGAAAAAACUGGCAUCUGUAAAGUCCGCCCGCCUCCGGGAUGGCAACCGCCGUUUGCCUGUGACGUUGACAGACUUCACUUCGUUCCUCGGAUCCAGAGGCUAAACGAGCUAGAGGCACAGACCAGAGUGAAGCUCAACUUCUUGGACCAAAUCGCCAAAUUCUGGGACCUACAGGGAUGUCCUUUGAAGAUUCCUCACGUGGAGAGGAAGAUUUUAGAUCUAUACCGACUAAAUAAGCUGGUGGCAGACGAGGGCGGGUUCGACCUGGUCUGCCGGGACCGGCGCUGGACCAAGAUCGCUCUCCAGAUGGGCUUCGCCCCGGGCAAGGCCAUCGGCUCACACCUACGAGCGCACUACGAGAAGGUCCUUUACCCCUACAAUCUGUUCCAGAGCGGGGCAAACCUCCUGGCCUCAGAGCCAGCUGCCAAAGUGACACGUUUGGAUGCUGAUCCCGAAUAUGAAAAGUACAUGCUGAAGCCCACCCUGGCGGCGGACAGCCAGGCCUCCAAGGAUCUCAUGGCCCACGACGCGCCCCCGAGAGACCCCCAGCAGCCUGAGAGGGGCUGCCCCAACGCCUACGGAGCCAAGCACUUGAAAUCGGAGGGUGUUCAGAUGAAGACCGAACCAGGCGAGGGUUGUGACAACAGGCCUAACCUACGGCGGAGGAUGGGUUCCUUUGUUGCCAAACCGGAACCUGAGAAAGAGCAUGCUAUUACUGUGAAACAAGAGCCAGUGGAAGUAAAAGAGCCAGUGAUUGAAGCAGAUAAAAUAAAGUCCCGCUACAAGAAAAACCUACCUCCGGUUCCUCUGAUUCCCCCCAGCCCGGGACGCGUCCACCCCGUGCAGGUGGACCUGGUGGUGUGUCUGGUGUGCGGCAGCGGGGCGGACGAAGACCGCCUGCUGCUCUGUGACGGCUGCGACGACAGCUACCAUACCUUUUGCCUCAUCCCCUCCCUCCAGGAUGUACCCAAGGGAGACUGGAGGUGCCCCAAAUGUCUGGCUCAGGAAUGCAGCAAACCUCAGGAGGCCUUUGGCUUCGAGCAGGCGUACAGGGACUACUCGCUGCGUGCGUUCGGGCAAAUGGCAGACGCCUUCAAGUCAGACUACUUCAACAUGCCCGUGCACAUGGUGCCGACAGAGCUGGUGGAGAAGGAGUUCUGGCGCCUGGUGGGCGCAAUCGAGGAGGACGUGACCGUGGAGUACGGCGCCGACAUCGCCUCCAAGGAGUUUGGGAGCGGGUUCCCCAUCCCCAACGGGCGCUUCAAGGUGUCCCCAGCAGACGAGAAAUACCUCAAGUGUGGCUGGAACCUCAACAACAUGGCGAUGAUGGACCCGUCGGUGCUGACGCACGUCACCGCCGACAUCUGCGGCAUGACGCUGCCCUGGCUCUACGUGGGCAUGUGCUUCUCCUCCUUCUGCUGGCACAUCGAGGACCACUGGAGCUACUCCAUCAACUACCUGCACUGGGGAGAACCCAAGACGUGGUAUGGUGCGCCGGGCUCCGCUGCUGAGCAGCUGGAAGCGGUGAUGAAGAAGCUUGCCCCGGAGCUGUUCGACUCCCAGCCCGACCUCCUGCACCAGCUGGUCACCAUCAUGAACCCCAACACCCUCAUGGCCCACGGGGUCCCGAUCUACAGGACAAACCAGUGUGCCGGGGAGUUUGUGGUCACUUUUCCCAGGGCCUACCACAGUGGCUUCAACCAGGGCUUCAACUUUGCCGAGGCGGUCAACUUCUGCACCACGGACUGGAUGCCUCUGGGCCGACAGUGUGUGGACCACUACCGCCUGCUGAACCGCUACAACGUCUUCUCCCACGACGAGAUGGUCUGCAACAUGGCCUCCAAGGCGGGCACGCUGGACGUGGUGCUGGCGUCGGCAGUGCACCGCGACAUGGCCCUCAUGAUCCGCGAGGAGAAGGCGCUGAGGGACGCGGUCAAGAAACUGUCCUCUGUCGUCUGGCGUCCUCAGGGAGUGUCGCGGUGCCAGGAGGCCAAGUACGACCACCUGCAGGACGACGAGCGCCAGUGCGUCAAGUGCCGGACCACCUGCUACCUGUCUGCGGUCACCUGCCCCUGCAGCCCGGGGGUCCUCGCCUGCCUGCACCACAUCCACGACCUCUGCCCGUGUCCCGUCUCCAACUACACACUGAAUUACAGGUUCACACUGGACGACCUUUACCCCAUGAUGACGGCGGUCAAACACCGAGCAGAGCUGUAUGAUGAUUGGGCCUCUCGCGUGGCCGAGACACUCGACGCCAGGCUGGAGAAGAAGAAGGGUCUGAGCGUCUUUCGCUCCCUCGUCUCUGAGUCGGACUCAAACAUCUUCCCCGACAACGACCUCCUCUUCAGGCUGCAGCUGGUCACCAAGGACGCAGAGAAAUGCUCCUCGGUGGCACAGCAGCUUCUGGGCGGCAAGCGGCAGACCAGGUUUCGGUGUGGGGGUAAAUCCCAGAGUCUGCUGACGGUGGAGGAGCUGAGGUCGUUUGUGAGACAGCUAUACAACCUUCCCUGUAGCCUCACCCAAGCACCGCUGCUAAAGAAACUCCUGAACGACAUCGAGGACUUCCAGCAGCACAGCGAGAAGGUCCUCUCCGAGGCCGUGUCCAGCGUGGUGGAGAUCCAGGGCCUGCUGGACGUCAGCUUCGACUUCGACGUGGAGCUGCCGGAGCUGCCCUGUCUGCGGGUGAAGCUGGAGCAUGCGCGCUGGCUGGAGGGGGUGCAACAGGCCACCGGCCGGCCCUCCACCCUCACCCUGGAGGCCAUGAGGAGGCUCAUCGACCAGGGGCUGGGCCUGGCCCCCCACCCAUCGGUGGAGAAGGCCAUGGCCCGCCUGCAGGAGCUGCUCAGCGUGGCUGAACACUGGGAGGACAAGGCGGGCAGCCUCCUCAGAGCCAGUCCCCCCCACCCCAUAGAGACCCUCAGCGCUGCGGCUGAGAAGGCGUCUGCCAUCCCGGCUCAGCUGCCCAACUGUCUCCUGCUCAAGGCCUCGAUCAGGACCGCCAGAGAGUGGCUGCAGGAGGCGGAGGAGCAGCAGGCUGGAGGCACCGUGCCCACGGCAGACGCGCUGGCCGACAUGGUGCUCCGGGGCCAGGCCAUCCAGGUCCAUCUGGAGCCCCUGGAGAGAUUCAGGUCCUUGUCGGCAGAAGUGCAGGAAUGGAAGGAGUCGGCGGCCUCCAUGCUUCUGAAGAAAGACUCCCCCUUCACUCUACUGGAGAUUCUAUGUCCGAGAUUUGAGGUCGGAAGCGUAGGUUCUCCGAAGAGGAAGCCCAAGAAGGCUUCCCAGCAGCCUGGCAAGAAGAAAACGGUACCACUUGACUCUCUGGCUGACAUCGAGAAAGCUCUCUCAGAGUCCAAGGAUUCAUCCUCUGCUGCCGCCACCCUGGAGGAGCUGCGCCUCCGGGAGAUGGACGCCCUCGCCGCUCUCCGGGCGCACAACGAGUCCAAGCUGCUGCCCUCGGGCGACUGCAUGGAGCUCACGGUGUGCCUGUGUCACAAGACGCCCAUGGGCGCCAUGCUGCAGUGCGAGCUCUGCCGCGACGCCUUCCACAGCGUGUGCGUGCGGGACCCGGGCGGGAGCCCCGCGGAGCGGCCGUGGCUCUGUCCGCCCUGCCGCCGCUCGGAGGCGCCGCCCAUGGCCGAGGUCCUCUCCCUGCUGGCGGCGCUGGAGCGCACGCGGGUGCGCCUGCCCGAGGCCGACGCCCUCCACUUCCUGGUGGAGCGGGCGGUGAGCUGGCAGCACCGCGCGCGGCAGACCUCGGACGAGCUCCGCCUCCAAGAGAUGCAGGAGGGCCCCGGGACUCCGCCCGUCCUGACCCGCUGGGCCUCGGGGAGCACCACGGCCGACAGCAACGCCCAGGCUCCGUACCUCACGCCCGAGUGGAACAAGACCAGCCUCCCGCAGACGGUCUUCUACACGGAGCAGAAGUGCAUCCCCCUGCAGGGUCUGAGUAGGGAGCUGGAGGAGCUGAUGGUGGAGGGCCUUCUGCUGCCGGUGUCGCUGCCCGAGACCCAGGACCUCUACCACGUCCUGCUGCAACGGCCCCUGAGCCCGCCCCCAGCCGGGUGCCUGUCUCCACCACUGGACGACUCCAGCGACUGCACCGAACACCUCCAGCUCAGCAGCCAGGAGAAGACUCUGUCGUGGGCCGAGGACGAGGACGGCAGCGCGCUCAGCGCCUCCGAGAAGACGGGCAAGCGGCAUCUGGCGAGGGAGGGCGUGAAGGCAGAGGGCCGGCCGGGGAAGGACAAGAAGCCCCACUACAAGAGGCAGAAGAUGAACAAGGACAAGAGCCUGGAGCGCCGGGCGGCCUCCACCUCCUCGUCCCCGCGCUCAGACUUCUCCCAGUCGGACGACUCGGACGAGGAGAUGUCCGAGUGUCCUGCGGAGAGCUGCCAGCAGCCAGAGGGAGACGAGGUGGACUGGGUCCAGUGUGACGGGCGCUGUAACCAGUGGUUCCACCAGGUGUGCGUCGGCGUGACGACCGAGCUGGCGGAGAAGGAGGACUACGUUUGCGUGGGCUGUACGAUAGACGAUGGACACCUGAGGCAAUGAGGGGAGAUCUUAACGACGUGGACAAUUAAUGACCUUUUACGAGCCACCUCGUCACACGACUCUCCGUCAGAUCUCUCUGUAACAACGGUGCUAUCCUCUCCGAUUUGACUCCUACUGGCCGAGAACGCAACGGUUCACUUUGUUUUUGUAUUUUUACAUAUAUAUAUAUAUAUAUAUUAUAUAUAGUUCUUUCUUCAUAUGAAAUGUUGUGGUUAACAAAAUGAUAAAAAAAAAAAAUACAGGAUGUCGUUGUGUGCUGCAUGAGAUUCCCUCUGUGUGAAGGAGUCUUAACUAAAGUAAUGCACCGUGUCAAGAUUUUGGAGCGUAGUCGAACCUUCUAUGGAACCGCGUCGCAUGCAUAAACACAAAAGGGGUGAAAUGUUUAGCGAUUUUCAUCCCCUUUCCCCUUAAAAAAUGAAUAAUUACUAAUGUUUUCGUUAUUUUAACCCCUGGUGUUUAGUACAUGCAUCUUCUAUGAUUAUUUCUGUUUUUUGUAGAAUAGAUUUAUUUAUCUGAGCAAUAAUGUUUGUCUGAUUUGACCUAGCUUGAUCCUGCUGGACUGUCGGGGUGCUUUAGCGACGGUGUGUGAGAGUGUAUGUGUCCGUGUGUGUGAGUGUGAUGUACAGAAAAGCUCAAAGUUGGCUGGCAGCUGUGAAGAGAUAUCUCGGCAGGCUGAAGAAAAUAAACUGCAUACAGUUACUGCCACAGCAUGCGAUCUGGUUAAGGGCAGCCUACCCCUUGGGAAAGAUUUUCGGUAGUUAAAGACGUUGCGGGUUUUUAUCGUGGAAUAAAAUACGUUUUGUUCUACAAAGUC